UAUGCCCUUUUCCAGCAAGAGACAUAUUAAUACUGUAACCCUUUAUGUGUAAUUUUAAAGUGGAAACAACAUUUUACUAUGUUUUAGAAUCUUUCGAUAUCCCAUUAAGGACAAUCAAUUGGUAUCAUCUGCGUUGAGUGCAACUUUAAAAAUUAUUAUAAUUGCAGGGAAUGACAAAUUCAAAACCAUCGAUUUUAAUUUUUACGCACAAUAACUACAAUAAUACAAAAAAUGUAGUAAUUAAAAUAAUAAAAAUUUUAUGAUAAGUACAAUAAUACUUUACUAGGCUCUCUUUUUAUGUACAAUAUUGCAAGAAGAGUCUUGAACUGCCGCUUUAAAAAUUAAACAUGUCAAUGGUUACAGUAAACUAUGUGAAAAUCAGCAUCAUUGAGAAAUCAAGAUGGUUGUGAGGUUAUGAUGCUUUUCAAUUUCUGUAUCGUCCAUUAUAUUUUCACAGGAAAACCAAAUAAUAGUUUUGGGUGAAAAUCAUUAAUGGUAUAGUUCAAUCAAGCAACAUCUCAUAGAUUGAAUACGUUUGGUUUUAUCGCAUGAACCAUCAACACGUAUCAUCCCCUUUGAAAAUAGUUUAUAUCGUAAAAUUAAGAGUGUAAACGUCAUAUUAACAAAAUUAUUCGUGCGGUUUAGGUGCAUCUUGAUAAUACUGCAAGGGUACCCCAAUCCGUGAGAAACAAAAUUUAGGAAGAUUAUAGAUUAGAUUAUAAGUUUAUCGACACGACAAGAUUGAAUGAUAAUAACGAGGGAAAGUCUCCGUUUUGAAUUAUACCUUCAGUGACUAUAAUGAAUGUUUAUUUCUUGUGUCAGCCGCAGCAGUGUUUGUAUGCAUUAAAUAUGAUUAUAACUGCCACUGAUGCUUUCAUUCUUACGUCGAUUUUUGUCUGCGCUUCAGCUGGGGUAAUUCCAGUACCCGGACAAAAUGGCGCAAGUGACUUAUUUGAGGACGUGGUGCCAGCUCCAAAGCCCAAACCCGUGGCCGCAAUUAUAAACGAGCUGAAGGCCCUAGAGAAAUGGCGGCAAAACGAACUAAAAAAGGCUCAAGAGGACCCACUCUUGACGGCAAAUCCAAAGAUGGCGAGGUAUCUGGCAGCUUUAGUGGAGUAUGAUACGCGUAUGUUUGUCUUCGCCGUGAGGUUACUCGACAGUCUCUGCACACUGGAUCACCCUGAUGACAAAAGCCCCGAUGAAAUGGAACAGGCAACGAAUAUGGUCCUGGAUUUCAAGCACAACCAAGAAGCGUAUCAUAUCAGCAUCACCGAUAUAAAAUACAGAGUAGAUGAUCUGAAGGAAGAGGUCCCAGAUAAACUCCUUGAAACGCCACAAAUGGAAACGGUGACUGCAGCUUUUGAACUAACUUACCUGAAGAUAUUUGAAGCUUUCAAGAUGUUAGAGUUGGAGGCUCAGAGUUCGCAGUCCCCAUACUCAAGAGACUACAUAGGCUCGGAACUUUUGCGAGUAUUAUACACUGCAAACCGUAAUUGAAUUUUAUAAUCGGUGUUCUUCUUGUUUGUGAAUAACUUAAUAUAGUCGUGUACUCAUGUAUAUAAUAAAUGUAAAUAAUACAUCA